CUCCGCCACGCGCAUGCGCAGCUCUCACAGACCGCGGCGGGAUGGAGCGGAGUGUCUCUACGGCGGUGGUCCUCUGUCUGACUCUGUCCCUGGGUCUCGGUUCCUCUUCUCACGCUUAUGUCCUGGACGACCGAGAGGGACUGGGGCGGGUGUUCGACGGGAUUGGAGGUCUGAGCGGCGGAGGGGCGACGUCUCGGUUGCUGGUGAACUACUUGGAGCCAUACCGCAGCCAGAUCCUGGACUUCCUGUUCAAACCGAACUUUGGAGCCUCGCUACACAUACUGAAGGUGGAGAUUGGAGGAGAUGCUCAGACUACUGACGGAACAGAGCCGUCCCACAUGCACUACGAGAACGAUGAGAACUACUUCCGGGGCUACGAGUGGUGGCUCAUGAGAGAAGCCAAGAAGAGGAACCCAAACAUCACACUCAUAGGAUUGCCCUGGGCGUUUCCUGGUUGGGUGGGCCACGGUAAGAACUGGCCCUACGACUUUCCAGACAUCACUGCAGCCUAUGUGGUGAACUGGAUCCUCGGUGCCAAGCAGUACCAUGACCUGGACAUUCAAUAUGUUGGGAUUUGGAAUGAGCGAAACUAUGACAGCAAGUACAUCAAGCUGCUACGGUACACUCUGGAUAAAAACGGUCUGGAGACGGUUGGGAUCAUAGCCAGUGACAACCUGUGGGAGCCCAUUGCCUUUUCUCUGCUGCUAGACCCCGAGCUGAGUGCAGCUGUAGACGUGAUAGGGGCCCAUUACCCAGGCACCACCACAGUGCUGGAGGCCCUGGAGACCCACAAGCGGCUAUGGUCUUCAGAGGACUACAGCACCUUCAACGACGAGGUGGGAGGAGGCUGCUGGGCUCGCAUCCUCAACCAGAACUACGUCAACGGUCACAUGACUGCAACCAUCUCCUGGAACCUGGUCGCCAGCUACUACGAGGAGCUGCCGUUUGGCAGAAACGGGCUGAUGACGGCCGAGGAGCCCUGGAGCGGACACUACGUGGUGGAACCUCCGAUCUGGAUCACAGCCCACACCACACAGUUCAGCCAGCCGGGGUGGAGCUACCUGCAGACUGUUGGACACCUCGGACAGGGGGGGAGUUAUGUUGCCCUGACUGACGGGAAAGGAAACCUCACUGUUGUCAUAGAAACCAUGACUCAUGACCAUUCAGUGUGCAUAAGACCUCCCCUCCCUCCGUUCAACGUGACAUCCCAGAAUGCAACUUUCCAGCUGAAGGGAUCCUUUGCCUCUAUCAAGGAGCUGCACGUGUGGCGGUCACAGUUCAACUUCAAGACAAAGAAGCCGUCCUUCUUUGAGAAGCUAAUUCCAGUGAAGCUAUUAGAUGGAUCCUUCACUUUAAAUCUGGCUGAAGACGAGGUUUACACGCUAACCACCAUCACAACAGGACAGAAGGGCAGUUACCCCGAACCACCUGCUUCAGCGCGCUUCCCCAAAGUCUACAAGGACGACUUCAGUGUUCGGAACCCUCCGUUCACUGAAGCUCCAGACUUUGCAGACCAGACCGGGGUCUUUGAGUACCACAUCAACCUGACAGACCCCGGACCUCACGUGUUCACCCUGCGACAGGUUGUGACUCAGAGACCCGUCACGUGGGCAACCGAUGCUGACCAGACCAUCAGUGUCAUAGGAGACUAUCAGUGGCAGAACCUGACGGUGACGUGUGACGUCUUCAUGGAGAGCGUGAUGACCGGGGGUGUGUUCAUCGCAGCCCGGGUGAACAAAGGAGGCCAGGCGGUCCGCAGCGCCUUAGGAGUCUUCUUCUGGGUGUUUGCAGACGGCACCUACAAAGUUACCAAUGACAUUGUGGGUCAGACGGUUCUUGCAGAGGGUCAGUCUGGAACACACACAUAUGGCUGGUUCACCUUAUCACUCACAGUGAAAGGCCAAUUUGCGUCGGGGCUGCUGAAUGGAUUCCCCCUGUGGCAGAACGCCGUGGUCCUGACCCCGAACAACGGCUGGGCGGCCAUCGGAACACGCUCCUUUGAACUGGCUCAGUUCGAUAACUUUGCCGUGGUGGCUGAAUGAAUGAAUGAUUUACACUUUGCUGUCAAAAUGCUCAUUAAUUUAUUGACUUAAUGAAUGCAUUGAUUCGAUACUUGAGUGUGUUAUCCAGAACUAAAGGAAGAAGAGGGCACACUGCACUGUUGGAAGUAAAUGUCAUUGAUUUUACAAUGUGAUUUUUUUUGUUGAGAGAAUAAAAUGAUUUUAAUAAUAAACUAAAUAAUGUGUUA